AGCUGUGAUGUAAAUAACAGCAACAUCUCUGGAUUUAUACUUGGCAUAGAUGAAAGAUGAUCAGAUUUUAUGAUAUGAAAAUAUUGCUCUGUUCUCAGACAUCAGCCUUUCAAUCACCCCUACCAGCAGCUGGCCAUCCCCCCUCCUCACCUCACUGCUGAAAAUGAGGCAGUGUUCUCCAUGGCAACCGCAGCCCUCUGAGGCUGUCGCAGCUAAUCCUCAGGAGCUUACUCAAUUCUUACUUCUCGUAAGAGGGUUUUACCAACAGCACCAAUGCCCAAGAAUUCUCCCCAAACAACUGGAUCUUCUGUUUAUCCCAUCGGAGGAGGACGACAAACCUAGUUACAGCAGCUGAGGGGAGCAGAGGGGAGAAUGCCCUUAGCCAGUCCUGGGAGAUCGAGGGUGUCGGACAGCCCCGGUAGGAACAUGCACUUCAGGAACAGUGCGCCCCUUUUGCUGUUGCUCCUGCCGUUUUGUCUACUAGGGAAGGUGCUGGAGGUGAGAGGGCAGGAGUGGGGAUACCUGCAGGAGGCUCUCAAAGCACUGGGUCUUCCCCCUGGGUUGGACGACCAACCUCAGCUGCAGAAGAACAAAACUGACGUGCUGAUCACCACGCUUCUUCAGGCAGUGCACUGUGCAGAGCAGACUGGGACCUCUCAGGACAUCUGUGACAAGUGCCUGACACCAGACGUAGCCCUCUCUGUGCUGGAGGAUGAUGGGAAGUCUUACCUCACUGAAGAGGACUAUCAGCGGAUCUCGACUGUUCUGCUGUACUACAUCAUUAACUUGCAAGAUCUGUGUGUGUCCAGCCCUGCCUCCUCUUCCUCUCUUUCUUCCUCCUCCUCUUCAUCUGGGAACUAUCAGUUCUACCUUUUGGCUCUCACCAAUCUACACCCAGCUGAGGACAACCAGGUCCUGUCACUCAGUGAGACAGAGAGUAUUCUGCAGCUCAUCAACCAGCACUACAACCCCUCCAACCAAGAGACCUCAUCUGAUCUGCAAUGUAUUGAUGCCACUCAUCUACUUGAGGAUGUUGACAUAAAAGAAAACCCAGGUGCUGGUGAGUCUUCGGUGCCCAGAGUGGCCGCGGCCAUCAUCAGCCAUAUCCUGCAGGGCCACUGUUUCAGACAAAGGAACCUCCCGUCUCCUGCCUUCUUUACCGACUACAUCUUUCAAUCCCUAAAUCGCACAAGUAACCUGCAGAUUAUAGACUUAGAGGAGCUGCUUCAUCAGCUGGGAGUGGGUCGGGAGGGAGCCACUCUCUCUCACGACAGGAAGAGGCGGAGCAUUAGAGGAAGUUCACAGAGAGGAGUGGGGCAUCAGGUGGAAGGCUGUAACCAUGAAAAUGGAGGAACAAGCAGAGACUGGGCACAGGUAUGUUUUUCAGCCAAUCAGUUGGUGGAUAUUUUUGCUCUGGAUCCUCAUUUGCCAAUUUCCAAGGAGCACUUCAGACAAAUUUGUCCAGCCAUUAUUCAGCAGUUGCUAGGCAAUGCCUGUGAGUCCGCAGAGCAAAAAACAAGAGGAUCUCAGCCCACUGCUCUCGAGAAGUAUGGCUACAGCACAGCCGCUGUCCUGCUCAUCACGGUGGGCUCCAUGUUCGGCAUCUGCCUGAUCUUCUUCAACUCCUGCCAGGAAACCUUCACACUCAUCCUGCAGCUGUUUGUGGGCCUGGCAGUGGGAACGCUCUCAGGAGACGCUCUCCUGCACCUCAUACCACAGAUUCUGGGCCUCCACGAUGGCACUCACAGUCAUGAUGAUGAGCACUAUGCUGAAGGAAAAGAGUAUCUGUGGAAGAUUCUGGGCAUGAUCGCUGGGAUUUAUGGCUUUUUUCUGAUUGAAAGAAUAUUCUCCUUUUUAGUUCCUUCUCAUGGCCAUGGUCACUCCAGUGACCUUCCCUUAGAGCUCAACUGCAACGGACAGACACAAAGGGGCAAGUCCAUCUCCACCAUACAGCUGGGACCAGUGGAUGACUUGGAGUGUACAGAAAUAUCUCCUGAACACACAAACACAAGGAGCCCUUCACGUCAGAGACAAGGGGUUCCUCUGCUGGCCUUGAUGGUAAUUGUGGGAGACAGCCUUCAUAACUUUGCCGACGGCCUGGUUGUCGGGGCGGCCUUCUCCUCCUCGGCCGAGACUGGCAUGGCGACCACUGUGGCUAUCCUGUGCCACGAGAUCCCGCACGAGAUGGGGGACUUUGCUGUGUUGCUCAGCUCUGGACUCCCAGUGAAGACUGCUGUGCUAAUGAACUUUCUCAGUGCUCUGACAGCCUUUCUGGGCCUCUACAUCGGACUCUUUGUUUCCUCAGACACAGAGGUGCAACAGUGGAUCUUUGCUGUCACUGCUGGGAUUUUCCUCUACUUGUCACUGGUAGAAAUGCUUCCAGAGAUGAGUCGAGUGAAGACCGACAGACCAUGUCUUGUGUUUCUCCUACAGAACCUCGGUCUGUUGAUGGGUUGGGCCUGUCUUUUGCUCCUCGCACUGUUUGAACAUGAACUCAAAUUCUGAUUGCACACACACCUAAGUGUACAUUACAUACAGUAUCUAUUGAAAUGGGGUUCAACUGAAACAAAUGUGACUUGAUUUUUAGUGUUCUUUGAGAUUUCCUUUGACUUGUUGAUUAUUACCUGCUGCUGUGCACAACUAUAUUUGUGCAAGUGUUAAUUUGUGCACCUGGAAUGUUUUGACAAGUCAGUAUUGGUCAACGAGUGAGUAUUUCAUGAUGUUAUAGUCUCAACACUGGGUGUUACAGUGAAUAUAUCAUGUAUAGCUGUAUGAAUCCUUCCUUUUUUAUAUACACAUGAUGAUUUAUUUUUGUAUGUUAGGUGUCAUUGGUGCCUGUACCCGGACAUUUGAUGUCUAGUUUAAACUCUUAUGGCUUUAUUUGGCAGCAUCAGGUGCAAGUGAGCAUAUCUGUUCUGUGAAAUAUUCAUGUUGCCUCAGACAAUCAAAUCAUUUGAUUUUGAAGUCAUUUCUUACCAGCAGAAUAUAAAGUAUUAUACAUUUACUUGAA